UUUUGUUGUGGAAAAAGUUGGAAAUAUUUCAAUUGUUAGCUCUUGUAGAAAAAUAAAAAAAAAUGUUUAAUGGAUUGUGCUGUGUGUUAUGCUUGGAGAGCUCAAACGAAACAUUUGAUUUAAAAUUUAUAGAAGGUCAAAGUUUAGAUAAGCGAAAAGUUAUUGAGCUGCAUUUUAAAGCAGAGGUGGAUUUGUUAGCUGAAUUUGACGCGAAAGUCGUUUGUAAAAACUGUUGGGAAUUAGUCAAUUCAUUUCAUGAGUUCUACCAGCACGUGAAACGAGUCCAUCAAACGGCUGCAAACACCUUGAAAAAUGUCAGUGCGGAAGCUGAAGUAUCAGAAAUUAAGGAAGAAUUUACCAGUCAUGAAGAAGUCCAACCACCACCGCGACGCCGUAGAGGACGGCCGAAGCGCCAAAAAUCAUCUCUCGAAAUGUCUUCUGCGGCUGACUUGCCACUUGCGGAGUGCCAAGUUAAAAUUGAGGAAUUAAUUUUGCCAGCAGCUACUAAUGCUGAAGGCAUCUGUGCAGCAGAUAUUACUUCAGAAGCGUUGGACGUUAAAGAUGAGAACCGACUAGAUUUUUUGGAAACUUCUAAUUCUCCAACAGCGGCGGACUUUGAAGAAUAUGUGAGUGAGAAUGAAGAGCAGCCAAAUGCACGCAAGUCCGCAAAAGCAGAUAGACGUAAAAACAUUAAUAAAAAAACCGCAGAGUCAGAUGAGUAUAUAGCAAAGAAAAAUUUCAAAUUCAAUUGUUGUAUGUGUCAAAUCUCGCUUGCGAAUUUCAAAGAAUUGAAGGAUCAUUUUCGUAAGGAUCACCAGACCAGCGGUUAUGUGCUUUGUUGUGGAAGAAAAUUACCCGAGCGAAGUUUACUAAUUGACCACCUUCAUUGGCACGAGGAUCCUGAUUAUUUUAAGUGUAAACAUUGUGGAAAGAGAAUGUCGGAACGACGGAGUCUUGAUCUCCAUCUUCAAUAUGCGCAUGGGAAUCGGGAGCGCGUACAUCGUUGUUCUAUAUGCUCCAAAGGCUUCUUUCGCCCAUCCUGCCUUAAACAGCAUUUAAAUACUCAUGUUAGCGAAGACCAAAAAACAGUACCCUGUUUACAAUGUGAUAAAACAUUUCCUGAUGUCGUUGAAUUAAGAAAACACAUGAGGCUUACGCAUUUGAACGCAUAUGCUAAAAUAUGUCAUAUUUGUGGUAUAUCAAUAAAAGGCCGCGACGCAUUUGAACGACAUCAGGCAGAACAUGCAGGGAUAGAACGAAAGCUGAUAAAAUGUGACAUGUGCGACGCUGCACUCACCACAAAGUAUGGUUUGGCGCGCCAUAUAAAAACGAUGCAUACGGAAGAGUAUCAGACGCCACAAGUUUGUCCUAUUUGUUCGAAAGUUUCGCCUACUCUGCAGGCUCAUCGUAAUCAUAUAAAAUUUAUGCAUUCUUUACAAAGGAAGCACGUAUGUAAAUUAUGCGAUAAGGGAUUUAAACGGCUUACCGAUUUCAAAGAGCACAUGGCUACACAUACUGGAGAAGCAUUGUAUACGUGCAGUUUUUGUCCACAGACAUUCAAAUCAAAUGCAAAUAUGUAUUCACAUCGUAAGAAAAAGCAUGCAAAAGAGUGGGCUGAACAAUGCGAAUUGAAAAAAAGUUUAGCUGUACCUUUAAAAGAGGCCAUAUCUUCGACCCAAUGAAAGCAGUUGGCUAAUCAAUGUUCAUAAAU